GAUCUUACGCUUUGCUUUCACCAGUUCUGUUUUCACACACGUGUUAAUGUAAUGUCAGUGUUCAGUCUUCGGAUACACUAUUAUACAAGGCGUUAUAGCCUAUUGCAACCGAUCUUAAAGUCCGCGGUGUAACAAGAGAUACAUACGUAGACUGAACUUUAGUGUCACUACAACGAUACAUCUUCUAAACUGUAGCUCUCAUCGGUAGGAUAGGAUGGAACACCUCCCCGACGACAAUUCCAGAUACAAAGAUGUUGACUACUGGGACGAGCGAUACCUGACGGAGAAGUCGUUUGAAUGGUUCGGGGACUUUUCUAAAUUCCAGCAUAUUUUUGAAAACCUCGUCAGGAAGAAGGAUGCCAUCCUGGUGCUUGGUUGUGGUAACAGUGCCAUGAGCGUUGACAUGCACACAGCUGGCUACCACUCAAUCUGCAACAUAGACUACUCCUCAGUGUGCAUCCACACGAUGAGCACCAGGCACGCAGACUGCGCGGGCAUGAGCUGGCUCCACAUGGACGCCCGGCAGCUGUCCUUCCCUGACGGCUCUUUCGACGUGGUCCUGGAGAAGGGGACCCUGGACGCCAUGCUGGUGGAGGAGAAGGACCCCUGGGAGGUGUCCUCGGACGCUGCCUGCCUCAUUCACCGAGUCCUGUCUGAGCACUUGACCUUGACAAGCCAGGCUAGCUCUCAGCGGGUGAUAAAAACCUCCUGA